AAUGCAUAUACAGUUUUCCUGGUAGGACUAAUGUGUGUCAUGGCAGUUGGGAGGAUACAGAUGAGGAAAUGUACUCAGACAAAGGAGAUUUAAUGUUAAAUGCUCACUUGCUGUCUGCAAGUAAUUAAUGGAAAUCUGCUAAGCAUAACUGGAAUUAUCACGAAUCAUGAAGAGAGUCACAGAAAAACCAUGGAAGAUGCCAGUGAAUCAGGGCUUACAAAAUAUCAUCCAGAUCAUCCAUUGUUUUGGUUCACUAAUGAGACAUAAACUCAAAAGCACCUUAGCAUCUCAGUGCUGGGAGUGAAAGGUCCACAGCAAACCAAACAAAAACAGGGCUCUGGGCAUUAGAACAUUUUUUUCCCCGUUUUUUAUGUAUGACAGGAAUUCCAUGGAGCUGGAAAAAUAAAAGUAUGUAAAAUCCAAUUUACAUCAGAGGCAGCGUAGCUCAGAGAAUAAAAUGCCAGGUUCAGGAUAAGUUGCUCCUUCCCCUGUUUUGCUGACCAUCUGAGAAUUUGCUGGAAUUGGUCAUGGCUAUGGAGCCAUAACAGGCACACUCCUCUUAAACAUAAGAUUUCUCAUUUUGGCUUUUGUAAGGCUAAUUACAGUGUGGAUUGUUUUCUUUCAUAUCCACGUGACCCCUUGCGCCACAUCUCUGGAAGACAGGUGGUUUGGCCAGGUAUACUUCUGUAGCAGGGAGUCAUCAGGAAAAGAACGGCAGAACAACAAUGUGGAAACAUGGAAGGAACUGCUCUGGAGAAGGAGGAUAUCUGUGAUUAGUUUCUAUCCUUUUGGCUGGUCAAGAUCUUCAGGGAUGGCAGGAGUCAGGAACCACAUAAACAGACCCAGAGAAAAGUGCCAUUCAGAAGGGCAGAUGUCUUCUUAAUCUCAGGCUUGCGCACACACAUCCUCAGUAAAGAAAGAAAUCAAUAAUUUGUCUCACAAUCGAUGGCAUGAUUGCAAGAUACUUUAUGCAACUUGCUCCAAGAGUGAGAUGACAUAUGUUCCUCUUACAUUUGUCACGUUACAGGAUGCAUUUGAAUUUUGCAAAUUUGUGAGAACUCCCUAGAAAAUCAGUGAAUUAACUUGAACAACUGCAUGUCCAUAUCUGUCAUGUCCUCUGCUACCAGAGGAUUCUGGCUUCAGAAAUAAACCUUGAAACCAAUAAAACCUUAGUUUUGCUGAGGGAAAAGUCAGUCUGACAGAAGUAAAAAAUGAGUCCGUGGUUGUUCUAGAGCCCUAGCAUUAUCUCUGGGGAUGUCAGCUGCGCUGCAAAGCAAACUCAGCCCAGUAGAAAGGGGCACAGGACAUGAAGACUGUGAUAGGUCGAUGAAUGCUGCAUGCUCCCUCUUCCCUUACCAUUCCAGUAUCAUUUGCAACACCUCUAAAUGCAACCUGAUGUACUCAUGUUUUCCUUUUCAGUGUUCCUUAUUGAUCCAGACUUUGCUUCAGUCACUAUGAAGGCCUCAGUCAUUGCAAUCUUCUUUGGUGUACUUCUUACAUGUACAUAUGCAGCUAAGGAAGCCACAAAGAAGACCAAGAAGGCUAAGCUAUACAUACCUCAGAUUGACUGCGAUGUCAAGGCUGGGAAGAUAAUAAAUCCAGAAUUCAUUGCAAAAUGCCCUCCAGGAUGUCAAGAUGUAAAAUACCGUGUUUAUGGCACAGACAUUUAUGCUUCUUUUUCCAGUGUGUGCAGUGCUGCAAUUCACAGUGGUGCAAUAGACAACACAGGUGGGAAGAUCCUUGUUCAGAAGGUGGCCGGCCAUGCUGGGUACCGGGGGAGCUUCUCCAACGGAGUUCGGUCACUGUCAUUGCCACGCUGGAGGGAGUCCUUCCUUGUCUCAGAGGGCAAGCCAAGAAAAGGUGUGACAUAUCCAUCAACUCUUGAAUUCUCUUCCUCAAAGAGCACAGCUGUUAAACCUGAGCCUAAGAAGCCAGAGCAAGACCUAAAAGUUCCAAAGAGUGCAGCCACAUCUGAUACAUCGGGGAAAGCCUCGGAACAAGGGGACACAGUCCACAAGGUGUAUCAGACAUCACCGGAACCAAUGCCAACCACACAAAUGGCAGCCACAACACCAACCCCAACGACCACAACCACAGAUCCUUUCAGCACAACACCAAAGCCAACCACACCUGCAACAACAAGAAUCACAACAGACUCAGCUGUAGCCAAGCCUCGACCUGGAUUGCACAGGGUCAGGGAUACAGGUUCUAGCAGUGUCCACCCUGCAUAUUCCUCCGUGGCAGCAGCAGCAUCAAGACAAGUUCAGACUUCACAAGGAAGAGGACUGAAUACAGGAUUCAGGGCCACUUCCACAUCUGCAAGUAACAGGAAUAUUUUGCGACCCAAUGCAGGUAUACAGCGCCAAGAGCCUGUUGCCACCUUCCGCAGGCCUGCCGGGUCUCCAGCCCAUCUGGCAGUGGAAACAGACUUGUGGAAACCUGGACUGAGCUUUUUUGACACAGGUUUUGCUUCAAAGGAGGAACUGAACCUGAAGCCACUGGAGGCAACUUCCCAGGGGAACCCAAGCUGCAAGGUAGACUUGUCCUUCUUGAUGGAUGGGAGCUGGAGCAUCGGUAAACGCCGCUUCCAGCUCCAAAAGCAGUUCCUCAUUAAUGUGGCUCAUGCCCUCGGCAUCAACAACGCUGGACCUCUGAUGGGCAUCGUGCAGUACGGUGAUGACCCUUCCACAGAAUUUAACCUGAAAACAUACACCAGCCCCAAGGAUCUAAGAAACGCCAUUGAGAAAAUCCCUCAGAAAGGUGGACUUUCCAAUGUUGGAAAGGCACUUUCAUUUGUCAACAAAAACUUCUUCUCGGAUGCUAAUGGAAACAGAGGUGGAGCGCCCAAUGUGGUGGUGGUAAUGGUGGAUGGGUGGCCAACCGACAGGGUGGAGGAGGCCUCCAGGCUGGCCAGGGAAUCAGGCAUCAACAUUUUCUUUGUCACUAUUGAAGCAGCUGCUCAAAAUGAGAAGCAAAAUGUUAUUGAGCCAAACUUUGUGGACAAGGCAGUGUGCAGAACAAAUGGCUUCUACUCCAUCAUGGUGCCCAGCUGGUUCAGCCUCCACAAGGUCGUCCAGCCCUUGGUGAAGCGGGUCUGUGAUAUCGACCGGCUGGUUUGCAGCAAGACAUGUCUUAAUUCAGCUGACAUCGGUUUUGUGAUCGAUGGCUCCAGCAGCGUUGGCACCGGCAACUUCCGCACAGUCCUCCAGUUUGUAGCCAACAUCAGCAAGGAGUUUGAGAUUUCAGACACGGACACCCGUAUUGGAGCCAUUCAGUACACGUAUGAGCAACGACUUGAGUUCAGCUUCGAUAAGUACAGCACAAAGCAGGAUGUGCUGAGUGCUAUCAAAAGGAUCAACUACUGGAGUGGUGGAACAAGCACAGGGGCAGCCAUCAGCUACGCCUCCGAGCAGCUCUUCACCAAAUCCAAACCCAACAAGAGGAAGAUCAUGAUUCUCAUUACGGAUGGCAGGUCUUACGAUGAUGUCCGAAUGCCAGCCCUUACAGCUCACCAAAACGGAGUUAUAGCUUACUCUAUUGGAGUUGCUUGGGCUGCCGAAGAUGAACUGGAAGCCAUUGCAACAGAUCCAGAUAAGGAGCACUCCUUCUUUGUGGAUGAAUUUGACAACCUCUACCAAUUUGUUAAUCCACUCAUCCAAAACAUUUGCACAGAGUUUAACUCACAGCCACGGAACUGAUGGAAUGGAACAGGCCAGGAUCCUUGGGCGUCAUGUUGAAAACACACAAUGCUACAGGAACAAUGCCAGCUCUGAGCUCAACAAAUACUGGACUUAUUUUUCUCUGGCACUUUCCAGUUAAUGAGGUCGAUUGCAUCUCUGUCCUUAUGUAUGAUAAUGCUCUGUGUAGGCUACUGAUUUUUCCCCUGCAGGCUUCAGAAACUCUUAUUUGGAUGGAUAGAAUAACAGGCAGGAGACAUCAAGGAGGGAGUAAAUGGAGCUUUUUGCAAAGCUGUUAACAGUAUAGAGCCUCAGCUUAGGUGAUUCCCACCUCAGGGUACACACAAGAAGUAAGAUGUACCACCUGCUUCCUGCAGGGGCCAGAACCCCAAGGAAGCAGCUACACUGCUCUGCUGCUGUGACAGAAGCACCUCCGACUGCCCAUUGCUCGCAAUCCAGGAUAGGACUGACAUCCUGAAAUCCCAGGCACAUACUGGGAAGAUAGUGUGAAUUCAAGUAUUGAGCUUCAUCCAAACCCAGAGACCAGAAAAUCAGCAAAUGGCCAGGAUUGGGCUGUGGGACCCACAUCUAUUUGCCAGUCUCCAUAAAGCCCCAGAUCUGCAAAGCAGCCAAUGCAGGAGCUGGAUCUCAUCUCCCACAGUGCUGCAUUAAAUGUACUUAAACAAAACAAAAACAAAAAAAUAACAACAACAACAACAAACAAACAAACAAAAAACCUUGUCCCCUUAGCUCACUUGCACCAUCUUUUGCGAUGCAGCUCAAGGCCUCUGCAAAGCAGGAGAGCUGUGGAGGCAGAAGAGGCUCCCUCAGUAAAAACUGUGGGUUUCAGUUGCUCACUGUCUGAAAGGUUUCCAAGACCCCUGCUCUAUCACCAAGCAUGGCACAGUUAGAACAGCUUACAGCAGACUUUAGCAUGAGGAUAAUUAUUUAAGAGCCUUUAAAAAGGCUUAAGAGGAAACUAUCUUAAAGCUCUAUAUUACACACUGGGAAAAGCAGUAUUUCUAGCAUUCACAGGCACCCUCUUCUGAAUUUGGUGUGGACUUCUGUUGUAUGGAUUGAUUUCAAGACACGCCUUUACAUAGCCCCAGUUAUUCAGAGUACGUGGCUGUUCCGCCUAGGGAGAAGCAGCCAAAGCACUGCUCAGCAAUGGGAGGAGUGACAUGCAGAGGUCAAAAGCAUUGCAUGGCAGGUAGCAAGCAGCAGUUGCUGGUGAUUUCCAUCUGGUGUCAUGUACGAUAAUAUAUCCCUUAAGCAGAAAUUACCAAAGGAAAAGGCUGAAGUUUCAGUGCCAGUACAAGCAUGUGUGUUCAUGCACCUUACGGUAGUUACAGCACUGCGACAGAUUUGUGGAACUAACAGGAAAUUGAAAGGAAUUAAAGCUCACAUUUCCUCUCUUACUCACAAAUUUUUAAUGUUAUCAUUCACACAAAGAAAAUUAGGGUAAACUGCCACCAAAGGAGAACCCUUUCUGUCAACAAAACUGACACCAUCUUUCAAAUCUUUGUUUGGAAAUGGGACUGAAGUAGAUUACAAAUUCCCAGAGAAGUUACCAUACUUCAAAUCAGUGCAAACAGCCCAUUCAACACAAAUUCCCCAGUGUGAUGACACGAACCAGGUGAGGGUUCCUUCGCUAGUUCUCCAGCCACUAUUCCUAAAGCCAUGCUGGAUGAAAUGGUGGUUUUAUGUUGGAUUUACUGGGGACUUCAUAUUCUUAAUAUUGCAGGUUAAUUCUUAAUAGACAGCUUGCCACUGCAUAUCAAUGGCUGUACUGGACAUACCCUGGCAGCACAGGAGAGCAGCACUCUGCAGAUGGUCCCACACACUGUGCUUGUGCUCUGCAGCCAGAGCCACAGGUGUUCUUUACGACAGACAUUUUCAUUUCUACUGAAAACUUUGAGCAACAGCAAGUUUUCACUCUCCACAGAGAGGCUGAACAGCUAUCUUCCUCAUCAAACAUUUGCUUAGGGCAUGGCAAGGUUUGCUGUUGUCUAAAUGAUUAAUCUUGACUUUACAGAACACCUGUGGUGCU